UUCUCUGGGGAGAAGGGAAUUGAAAAGCAUCUCUAAGGAGGGCAGGGAAGGCGGGAGGCUGGGUGGUGUGCGCGCACACACACACGCACACACACACACAGCCUUCCUGACUUAGCCUAAGCCUCGCUCAGGAGAGGAGCAGUCUUCUCUCUGCCCUUGGAGCUGCUCUCUUGCUUCCCCGCCCAUCUGUGCUGUCAGCAGCACCAGCAAAGUUGGCCUCAAACUUGAAGGGACCUGAAGGCUCCGGCUUCCUCUGAACUCGGCUGGCCUGGAGAAGCCGAGCCUCCCAUUCCCCCGCUGGCCCUCGCUCUCCUGGGUGACGCCUCUGCCCCUGACCUGUAGGCCCCCAGCCUGGGCUGAGGAAUGGUGCGCUGAGCUCCCGCUGGAGCCCCUCUUCCCGGCCUGGAGCUGGAGCAGCCCAAGGCCCAGGCCAGCAUGGCCAACCCCGGGCAGCCUCCGCUUUGCCCGGCGCAGGAGCCAGGCACCUCCUCUCCCCCUGACCUGCCAGAGAUGCAGACGCUCCUCGCCAAGGUGGGGGGCCAGGAUGACGCGCCCCUGAAGGCGGCCAAGUCCCUCUCGGGGGCUCUGGACCUGGAGCACAACGGCCACGGCCUGCCCUUCAAGGUGAUGUCCGAGGGGCCCCGGGAGGCCUCGCUCCCGCGGUCGUCCUCCCGGGCCAGCUCGAGGCGGGCGUCCUCCAUCGCCACCACCUCCUAUGCCCAGGACAGAGACGUCCCCAAAGAUUACCUCGUCCUCGCCAUCGCCUCCUGCUUCUGCCCCGUCUGGCCUCUCAACCUCAUCCCCCUCAUCUUUUCCAUCAUGUCUCGAAGUAGCGUGCAGCAGGGGGACCUGGACGGGGCCCGGAGGCUGGGCCGCCUGGCCCGGAUGCUCAGCGUCACCUUCAUCGUCAUGGGGAUCGUCAUUAUCCUGGUGGCCGUGACUGUCAACUUUGCAGUUCAGAAGAAAUAAAACUAACUAGAGGAAGCUGCUAGCAGAGGCAGGCCCCGGCCUGAGCGAGAACGCCCCACCCACACGCCCCACGUACCACGGAGGACAGGACGGUGACUGCCACCUGCCCACCUGUCCCCUCCUGCUCCAAAAGCACUAACUUGGAGGGAAACCCCCAAGUCACCCUAUUGCCAGCCCACACCAAACAGGAGAAAGGAGAGGAAGAAAGGAAGAGAGGAAGUGAAAUUGACUGUGAAACCAACCAAUACAGUGGUUUAGUCUCAUGGACACCGCCUGGUAUUUUAACCCCAGGGUUCUGGCUGGUUUCUCAGCCCCCAAAUUUCCUGGGAUCUACCAAGCAGCAUAUACUGCCAGAGUGAGAAGAAACCAGCCCCACGAACACGACUGUGGUGGGGAGAGCGGUAGCACAGUCCCCACGUGUCUGACGACCAGCAGCAAAGACGUGGGACUUUAUCUUUUGUAUUUUUCUUCACGUGGGAUUAAAAAAAAAAGACUGUUUGCAUGCCUUGUGCUACAUGCCUGCUGCAAUCCCAGCCAACACCCCAAGCUCAGAGGCCCAGCGGCUGCUCAGCACGUGCCCUGAAACCCCUUGGACCCACAGGAUGGGCAGCUGCCCUGGGAAGAAGCAGUGGCCACACUGAAAUCCUCCACCUGGCACAGGGUGGGGGCCCCGGGAGCUAUGUUGGUGGAGCCAGGACUAGGGACAGCACGACCCAUAGACCUCAGUUCAGCCUCAGGAGCCUCUCUGCCAAGAUGCCCUCGUGGUCCCUCCCGGGGCCACCAAGAACUCAUGGACCUGACCCACCUCCAGGUCAGCUGGUGGAAAGGAAUCCAGGCCUGAGCUCUCUUCCUGCUGUGGCCUCCCAGGCUGUCUGGGGCACAGACUCGGUGGUUCAUGUAAAGGAGUUCAGGGUCCCAGGGCAGAGUGGCUCAGGUGGGGAGUGGGCUCCCAGCUUCCAGCCCACUCCCCACCCAGCUGCAUAGGAUGCUCUGGACCCCACCCUGCACCUCAGGCCAGCCACCAACAGCCAAGGCUUGCCCCGGGGCCGCCCCUGGAGGGCAUUCCCAUGGGCUCCCAGGCCAUGAGGGGUAUUGCUGCCUCCUGCACGGGUGUGGGUUGAAGAAUUUUUACGACGGGUUUUCUGUUUAUUGGGUCUAGAGAGUUCCAAGGCAGGGGGAAGAGCCUGGCUGAAGGUCCUAUCUCUGGGUUUGGCACUCACAUGUCCAGAAUCAGGGGGCUUGACAGCAGGGCCUUUGUCCCAGGACCUAACGGGACCCCUGGAAGUAAUGAAGCAGGACCCUUGAGCCUCCUCGCUGGUCUUGCCUGCUCCUGUUUCCCCUGCUGGCUUCAGCCCCCAAGUCCCGGAGAAGGUUGUGCCAGGCUUCCCCACCCUGCGAGGCCCCACCUGCAGCCCGGGUUCCAGGGGGUUUGGGAGGGCAGGGUCUCAGACUGGCCCCAAGCUGCCAAGAGCCUUUCCUCUGCACAUGCAGGACCCUCCCUCGGCCUCCUUUCAGAGGCUCCUCUCCCCCGCCCUCCUCAGAGGCUCCCAGGGAGGGGCCUGUCAGCCCAGAGGCUCUGUCUGCUGGGAGGGGCUCUGAGUCCAGCACCGAACCUUCUAGGAGGGCCUGUGUGACUGAGGGGAGGGUUCCGGGCCCAGGGGCCCUGAGCAGAUCCCUCUGGGGCUGGCGUUCCUGCAUCAGUCCCCCAGCUGGGAGCAAGCGCCCACCUCUACAGAUCCCACAGGAGCGGCCAGCUGCAUCUGCUUUGUGAGACCUUCGAGGCCAAAAGAGAGGUGCCCUUGUUUGUCUGGGGAUGAAGGGGAUGAGCCCAGAGUUAUCUGUGGCUCUUUCAAAGCAGGUCAGGCCAGGGGAGUCACGAGGCCUAUGACUGCCACGUUCACAGGCCCCAGCUCUGGAAGGAGGGGUCGUGAGGCAGCUGUCUCUGGGCGGGUCCCAGGGUCCCCAGCUUCAGCUCCCCAGGCAGAUGAGCGCAGUGAACCAGUCGACUUAGGCACAGUCUCAUGGGAAAGCGGUGACAGAGGUGGGACUGUGGCCUCUGUGUCCCCUGGGACUGUCACACGCACCCAGACCCGCCCCACUGUCCACAGUCACACCCACAAAAGUAGUCCCGCCAUGCAGUCUCUCCACACACACACACACAGAUCAUCCUGGAAACCCAGGAGCGUGGAGAAGCUGCCAGCAGCAGGACCAGACACAGAAGGACAGCCUUCCAUUCAGGCAAGAACGACUCGAGAGUUCAGAGGCCUCCAAGCUGUGCGGAGGGACAGCGGCCCCAAGAGAAGGGCCCUUCCGGCAGAGAGGAGCCCAGGGCCCCAGGGUGGCCAACACUUCAGAACGAAGAUUGGGAGGGAGGGUCCCCGCUGCCCCCACUCACAGGCCACCUGACACACUCAGGCCUUGCUGAAGAUCAAAGGACAAGGGCCCUGCCGUCCCAGCUCCAUCAUGGGUCCAGGGCUGGCGGCACGAACACAGCAGUCCCCUGGCUCAGGGCGCUGACCCAGCCCCUCCCCUGGUCCCAUAAAGCAAGCACCACCCCCUGAUCACAACGGGCCGACCCCAAUUUACAGUUCUCUCCUCUGUAUUUCUCAGCACGGAAUGAAAUAAAGCUGCCCAUCCACGCUCA